CACCGCCAAUGGCCAGCGAUGGAGCACGCGGGGUCCGCUAGUUGCUAGGACCAUGAAGUUUUGGCUAUGGGGAUAUUUGGUCUGAUUCCUUUCCUGUUAAUGUUGGAGUUUCUGGCCCCUCCGGCUCUGCUGACCCCUUUGCAGCCCAUCUGCGACCCCCGAGUCAUGGACAAAUAUAUCCUGGAAGCCCAGCAGGAUGACCAAGACAUCGGGAGGCUUUGCGCCGCUUCCUGCCCCUUAUUGGAAACCGUCCAGGUGCCGGACACCAAGGUGAAUUUUCUAGAGUGGAAAAUGAUGACUAGAGCCCGGCAGGCCUCGGAGGUCUGGGGGGGCCUGGCCCUCCUCCUGACAGCCCUGAGCCAAGCCCAGGAGCGCCCGCCGGCCACGCCGCCCUCCCUCCGGGAUCAGCUGGCCAGGAUGACCAGCACCCUGCUGAGCGUCAAGGAGAUCCUGCGCAGCGUCAAUGUGGAGGCAGAGGCCCGAUUGCUGGAUGCGGCCCCCACUCCCUCCUUGACCAUCCAAACCACGGAGAAGCUCCUCAGCAUUCACCUGAACUUCCUUCGUGGAAAAGCCAACCUGUACAUCACCGAAGCCUGUCGGAACUACGCCAGGUGA